UAUGGGAAGGGGUGGGGAGAGCGGAGGGAAUAAUAAAAGACGCACCGGUGAAUGGCCGCCACCCCGUGUCACUAAAAGAGCUGCACCGAGGGACAGGCAAGGCGGCACCGGGGGGGGCAGCACUAAAAGAGCUGCACGGAGGAACGGGUGAGGCGGCGAUGAGCUGCAUGGAAAGAGGGUGAGGUGGCACUAAAAGACCUGCACCGAGGGACAACCGCCGCCUAACUGGGUGGUACCGAGGGGCGGGAGGUGUGAAGCAACAAUAAAAGCUGCGCUGCGGGGCAGGCGAGGCGGCACUGAAGGAGCUGCACCUGGCGGGUGGCGGCUCUGGGGCAUCGCUAGAAGGGCUGCCCCGGUGGCGAGGUGUCAAGGGACGGGGCUGCACCGAGGGAAGUAUAAGGUAUCACGAAAAGAGCUGCCCCGUAGGCUGGGCUGCUGCCUCACCCCGCUAAAAGAGCUGCACUGAGGGACGGGGAGGUGCGAGGCGGCGAUUAGGGCUGUGCCGAGGGCCAGCCCUGCCCGUGUCACCGAAGGAACUGCCCCGAGGAAGGGGGCGAAGCGGGGCGGCGCUGAAAGCUGCAUCGAGGGAUGGCCGCCCUCCGGGACACUGGAAUCCGCAUUGUGGGGCGGGCGAUGUGCGGCCCGGCUCGAUACCUCUAGUGAAGGCAAAGAAGUUGUUGCUAAGGAUGAAAAGAGCUUGCACAAUUAAAGAGAAGAGGCGUGUUGUAUCGGCAUAGAGAGCAAAAAGACUUGAGGAACCGAAAUGGGGUGACUGCAGUUGCCACUAAAAUCGCAAGCUUCUGGUUGUUAGCAUUGAAAAUAAAAUGCGCCCUUUAGGUGAAUUUGGCUCGUUAUAAUUGGAAGCAAGAGCACAAGCAGCCAAUAGGAGGAGCCGCCUGUGCUAAGUACAGUAUGCUAAUUUAGUCGAUUUUUGUAAAUUAUAGAUGCUUACAAUGUUUAAGCCAGGGCAUGACAGCUUUGCGGGGCUCGCAGGCAGCGCCUGUCUCUGUCCAGGCACGAAAUAGACCCAUUUCUCGUCUCUUUGGGCGCCGGGGCCGGGAGAGCGCUUCCAGCGGCGGAGGCGACCGCGGGGGUUCUCAAUCAGGUCCGGCCUGUCGGGCAACCCUGGAGGGGGCUGGCGGGGCAGUUUUCAACCAGGUCCGCUCUUGGACUCCGUGUCGGGUCUCCCUGUGCCUGGAGGUGGGCUGGGGGCUGCGCCUGCUGUUGCCGUGCGUUUAGCAGCCUCCUUUUCCUCCCAAAAUAACGAAGUUUUCCCCGAAUACCUUUGAAUUGUCCCUAAAUAACUCCGAAUUCUUUCUCAAACGCCUCUGAAUUCUCACAAAAUAUCUCUGAAUUGACCCAAAUGCUUCUGAAUGCCUCAUAAUAUCACUCUGAAUAAUUCUUGAGUACCCAGGAAUUCUCAAAAAAAUGCCUCUGAAUUCUCCCCAAAUAAUUGAGUUAUCACCAAAUACCUCUGAAUUCUUCCCAAAAUAAGUCUUCCUCAAAUACUGCAAUUAUUCCCAAAAUAACCGCAUUUCCCCAAAUACCUCCGAAUUCCUCCCCAAAUUCCUCUCAGUUCAUCCCAAAUAGCUCUGAAUUCUCUCAAAACACUGGAGAGGGAUGCUGGCACAGGGGGUGUUUACAGGGUAACAUGGCAGGGGAAGCAACCAAGUACCCUGUACCUGCUUGGGAUGCUCCAAAUACCCUGAAAAUGGUGGGGGGAAGGGACAAAAAGGGGGUUCAGGACCCCCCUGGGCAGCACUUUGGGGGGGCCUUCUCCCCUAAAAGCAGGAAUUAAUUCGCUUUAAGUUGCUCCCACCAGGUGCUCUAUCUUUGCUUUUCCACCAAGAAACUGAAGUAGUUUUGGCUUUCCACCAUUUUGGGGGGACAGAGUGUGUGGGGAAGAGGCCUGAUGGGCCAUAGGACACGGAUGGCUUAUAACAUGUUUUAUUUCCCCCAGGUUGUCUCGUUUCCAGGCUCACCGCUUCCAUCAGCUCCCCUCCACUGCGUGGAAGGAGCUGCAGCCAGAUUUUGGGGGGUAGGAUUAACCAAUUUUGUGCUUGUGGUGCAAUAAUGCACAUUUUUUGCACCACCUUUUUUUUUUUUUUUUCACAUCCUCCCUCUCUCCCUCCCUGACAUUGAGAAAGAAAAUGGCCCUGAAAGGGGGUGGGGGGGGAAGGCACAAUCAGAGGGUGCAGGAGGCAUCCGAGCGCUUCACAGCCCCGUCUGCGGGCGGGAGAUUGGACACCUCCUCCCUCCCCAGCCGAUAAAAGCUGGCAGAGGCAGAGACGGGACCGAGCUUUUGCUGAGCCUGUGCCAGAGAAGAGGGUAAAAAAAAAACACCUAAAAGAGGGGGGAAAAAAACCAAAAAACAAGACAGGAAAAAAAAUCCCAAGCAGAGAAGCCACCGGUGGAGGAAAAGCAGCUGGAGGAACCCCAAAGCGGCGCCGGUGCCACCAAGGAAAACCCUUAAAGGAGGGGAGAACAUCGCGGGGACGAUGGCUUUCUUCCUCAAACCGCGGCCACGCACGUGGGAUCUUGCCCUGGAUUAUCACACGGCAAAACAGUUUGAAGUGGACGUGACCCUGGAUCCGGCCACAGCGGGUCCCGAAGUGAUCCUCUCUGAUGACCUCAAAGAGGCCACCUGGGGUAGACCUGGCCGCCGGUGGCCUGAGGGUCCAGGCCAGUUUGACACGGAUCCGUGCAUGUUGGGCAGUGAGGGCUUCACCUCGGGCCGGCACUACUGGGAGGUGGAGGCCAAUGGGCGCUUCUGGGCAGUUGGGGUGGCCCGCGAGUCGGUUCAGAGGAAAGGCCGCAUCCUCUUCAAGCCCAAUGCCGAGAUCUGGGGCUUGCAGAAGUACGAUGAGCUCUGCGUGGCCCUCACGGCUCCUUCCAACACCUCUGUCCCACUCCUCAACGGGGAGAUCGGGGUCUACCUGGACUAUGAGGUGGGGCAGGUCUCCUUCUAUGCCGUCGGCAGCCGCCAACGCAUCUUCACCUUCCCCGUGGCCUCCUUCAGUGGCGAGAAGGUCUUCCCCUACUUCUGCGUCCUCCUCUCCACCAUCAAACUGUCCCCCAGGGGGUGACGUGUCCUCCGCCGCCCCCGAAGCUGGUUGUUCCCAAGGUUGGAAACGCUCCUCGAUCUUCCUCAACUCUUCCAGGUGUUGGAGUCAUUCCCACCUCAGCUCAUGGUCCUACACCUCUAUCUUAGAUGUCUCCAUUUUUGGGUUAUAUCCAGGGGGUUUUGGGUCCAAGCUCGGUGCGGUUUGUCUCAUCUGUAAGCCACUGUCGUUAAAUCCAUCCAAAACUCGUUAACCAAGCUGGUUUUGAGUGGAAAACUUGGGUUUUCCUCCCAAACUCAGCCCCCUCUGAAGGUUUUCUUUAGUGACCUCAGUGCUGGGCUUCCAACUCUAAUUAAAAAAUCUUAAUUCUUGCAGGUUUUUUUGUUAAUACCAGCCACUACCUCGUUUUUAAAACUGAUUUUUGUUAUCAGGAGGAUGUGCUUGCUCUCGCUUCCCCCCCUGCCAUUUCCUUCUGCUGUUCCCCACACUCAGGAUCUGAGUAAAUUAAGGUGCGAUUGAUUAUAAGUGUGCUCAGAAUAUAAUAAAUAUUUUACAUUUUUUUGCUAUAAGGAGGAGGUGUCUCCAUUUGACCCACCGCCAAGCUGCCCCAGCCCCACAACCACCAACAACGACCCCCAGGACUGCCCCACAUGGGACCCCAAAGGCUGUCCCAGCCCCCCAACACCUCCUUGGGACCCCCCCAAGAGCCACGACCCCACCCAGGACUGACCCACAUGAGCUCCCCAAAGGCUUCCCCAGCCCCCUUACACCUCUUUGGUCCCCAAAAACCCCCAUGAGCACCCCCCCAGGUCUGCCCCAGACCCCCUACAUUCUCCCCCCCACCCCCCCCCGAGGGCUGCCCCACACGGGACCCCAAACUCAACAUUAAAUCCAAACACCCAAAGUGUUCCUCCAGCCCAGCCCCCACGUCCCGCCGUGGGUUUUCCCGGAGACAAGAGCACCAAAUCCGCAGAGGUCCUGCAAGCGUCCUCCAGCCUUGCAGCAUUUCCACCUACUCGGAGGGUGGCAAAAGGCUUUUCUCCCCCAGC